AUGCCCGAUCCAACAAGGGUCAUGAGACACGACUCGAUGCAGUCCACUGGCAGCAUUGGGUGGCCAAGACCACCCAGUCCCUCGUUCUCGACCACGACAACUGGAUCCAAGGUCCACCUGUCCGACUCUGAGACGCUUAUCUCGCGCAAAGAUCUGCGGGCGUCAUUGGUGUGCUUUGAAGAGCUCAUGUCGGCAGCAAAGGCGUAUCGCAAUGCAUUGCUGGCAAUGUCGACCGCGACGGCCGCAUUCGCAUCAGCCAUGGAGGCCUGUUCACGGGUGAAGGGGUGUCGCGAGGCGAACGCGGGCAUGGCGGGUGGAGCGGGGCUGCAGUACCUCAUCUCAAACCACGAGCAGCUCCUCGCCGACACGGUGUACCGCCAAUUUGAGAUUCCGCUACUUGAAGCACUGGACAAUUACAAGAUGAUGACGGCUGAACGGCUCGCGAGCUAUGAGAAGGCUCUGCAUUCGCAGAGCGACAAGAUCCGCAAGACCGAGGCCGAGAAUAUGAAGAUCGGCCGGCGACGCAAGCGCGAGCUUAACCAGUUCCGCGCCGCACUCGCCGACCUCCAGCGCCAGGUCGAUGAGCUCGAUGGCAUCAAGUUGGCGUACCACGAGGAGGUGCUCGAAGCCGAAGAGGAGGCAUGGGAGACGGUGCUGAGCAAGGUCGCGUUUGUGAUCCGCUCCCAGCUCGACUUUUACGAGAAGAUUGCCGGCAAGGCGAGCGACCCCGUGCUCGAGCCCCUGGUCAUGUCCAUCCCCGACCCCUUUGACGCCUACGGCCCGCCAAAAGAGGAAGGCCAGAUCUUUAGUGUGCUUUCUCCACUGCACAUUGAUUCAAACCCCACGUCGCCGCUGCCAAGUCUACCGCGCGUGUCGAAUAAUGCGUCCGCAGCAGCCACUCCGAGAGUCCCCUCGCCUGUCAAGUUCGGGUUUAGCUCGGUCGCACCCGCCAUGGCUGAGACGUCCGAGAUCGACGUGCCUGGCGAGCGCAGCGCAUGGGAUGACGUGGAGAGAGGCACACUUGCGCAUCGAGAACUGAGCGUGAUCGACGAGGCUGCGUCACCAACCAAGAGUAUGGUCACAAGACGAGAAGACAGCGAAUACGGUGACGACGAAGAUAAUAGAGAUAUCGGUGGGAGAGCGAGUGAAGGGCGUAAACUGCAAGUCAUCAAGAAGGGCGCCGCGGACUGGGAUGAACCAGGGGGGGAUGACGACAGUCCGUCGAAUGAUGACCGAGGCGGGCCUGACCACGCGGCAUCACCACCAAAGGUCUAG